CGUUAAACCCUGCACGUCAGCUGUUCAGCGAACACGGCCACCAAAAAGUUUCUCUCAUGUCCUCGGAAAAAGCAACGUCAUUCUGACCUUUUGAUCACGGACACAAUAGGCGCAUUAUACUUCGUUACUCGUUCCAACCUCCAACUUCUACCAACUAAUCAUUAUCCCCAACUAUUUCUACUCCCUAUAUCAUGAACUCCAAGAAUGCAGACUCAUGAACCAAAAACAAAGCAAAAAAAAAAAAAAAAUGUUAACCCUUAUAAUCUCAGCUCUCCUCACUCUAACGCUCCUCAAAUACUUCCUAAAAUCCCAACACAGAUCAAUCUACCUCCUGGACUUUGCAUGCUUCAAUCCCCCAUCAAACUACAGCAUGCCCCACUCCAAGUUCCUAGAGUAUUGCCGACGGGUUCUUGACAAGGACAGCGCAGAGUUCCAGGCACGCAUAACGGAGCGGUCGGGCAUCGGGGAGGAAGCGGGUUACCCGCACUUCAACGGGAGCCUCCCAACCGACACUCGUCGGGUCCCACGAGGAGGCAGAGCUCGUGAUCUUCGAUGCGAUUGAUGAGGUAUUGAAGAAGACGGGGAUUCGGAUGGAUGAGAUCGGUGUUGUUGUUGUGAACUGCAAUUGUUUUGCUCCGGUGCCUUCACUGGCUGCGAAGAUUGUGAAUAGGUACGAGUUCAGGGAGGAUGUGAGGAGCUUUAAUUUGUCGGGGAUGGGGUGUGCGUGUGGGCCGGUGGCGGUUGGGCUCGCUGGGGAUUUGCUCCGGGUGCACGCGGACGAGGUCGCCUUGGUCGUGUCGACGGAGAUCACUACGGCUGUUGGCUGGUACAAGGGAAAACAACGGUCAAUGCUCCUCACAAACUCCCUCUUCCGCCUGGGCGCCGCCGCCAUCCUCCUCUCUAACUGCCCCAGCCACCGCUACCUCGCCAAAUAUAAACUUCUCCACGUCGUCCGCACCCACGCUGGCGCCAGCGACGAUGCCUACCGCUCCGUCUACCAGCACGAAGACGCUGAUGACGUCACCGGCAUAUCCAUCUCCAAACAAGUCGUCCCUGUCUCUGGUCAAGCCAUCCGCUCCAACCUCGUAGCCUUGGCACCCCUCGUCCUUCCCUACCGCGAACAGCUAACGUACAUAUUCUCUCUUAUCACGAAACAGAAAAAGCCUUACGUGCCAAAGUUCAGCCGCACAUUCGACCACGUCUGUAUCCACGCCGGAGGUAGGGCGGUGAUCGAUGCAGUGCAGACGAGCUUAGGGUUGACAGAGAGGCAAACAGAGGCUUCAAGGAUGACGUUGUAUCGGUUCGGGAACACGUCAAGUAGUUCGGUGUGGUAUGAGCUAGGGUAUGCGGAGGCGAAGGGGUGGGUGAGGAGAGGGCAUAGGGUUUGGCAGCUAGGGUUAGGGAGUGGGUUUAAGUGCAAUAGCGCGGUGUGGGAGUGCUUGAGGGAUGUCGAGUGGCCGAUUGAAGGGGCUUGGUCCGACUGUGUUCAUCGAUAUCCAGUUGAGAUCCCGGAAGCUGUGAAGGUGGUGUAGGGAGUCUAAUGGAUCGGUUUCCGUCUGAAAUAAUUAAUCCUUCUGUAACUUCACUAGUGAUACUAAAUUGUGAUGGUCGAUUAUUACUUUCUUCA